AUGUCUUGCCGCACCGAUGGAAAGCAGCAGGACACACCGACGCCUGGCGUCAAACAACACAAGAAUGAAACUGGCCUCGGUCUCGGGCUGUGUUCGCCGCAAGCUGAAGACCCCUGUUCAGCCGUCGCAGGAAGGGGUGAUCCGAUUCCGGCGUGUUUGUCGGCUGAUGGCACGGCAGAAGGUGCUGAAAACCGGGAGGGCCGGUCGUUUUCCCGGCCGGGCACAGCGUGUCUCGGCCUCGAGACCUCCAAGGGUAAGGAAGGCGGCGGGCCGGGAGAAUGGCGGACCAGAAAAGGCAUCCGCGCUAGCGCUGUGCCUCUGCCGGGCACUCUUCGUGUGAAUGUCCGUCUGAUCGAGAAGACCCCAGCAUGCCGUCGGAAUCGGAAGUCUUCUCUACAUGUGAUAGCGGCGGGAGGUGAGGAUGUGGACACCACUUCCAAGACCGGGAGCAUUUGCGAGUGA